AUAUAUAUAUAUAUAUCUUCGACAUAUUUGACAAUUGGUAUUUAUGAACCAAAAGUAUUAAACAUAUUGCCGAUCGGGAACACGAUGAUAAAUCCGACAAAAUAAAGUAUUUGCUAUGUGCAAAGAAUAUGCGCAUAUCAUUUAUUGUCUUUGUUAGCGAGAAUGACGAAAAGAUAAGGAUGUCCCUUGCGACAAGAAUAUACGCGCGAAUAGCUAUCAUUAUAAAUUAAAUUAUAACACGCAUGUCGGUCGAGUACGAGACGUGAGGGGCUACCUUUCCGUUUGUGCUAAUUGGUUCCCCGUCGUUCAUGAAUUCUGUCCCUCCUCGAUUCCUGGCGCGAGUCUAUCGACAGUCUUGAAAGACGCUACCAUUGCAAUUGCACUUUUUUGAAAGAACGACGUGCGAUGGAAAAGAAUGAGAAGUUGCAGGAGCCAGGCAAGUUGCGGCAGUUUAUGUUCGCGGUGAUCGUAAAUCUAUCAUCGGUGUCCUAUGGGUUCAUGAUGGGAUGGCAAUCACCGUCAGUUCCGCAACUACAAAAUCCAUUGCCGGUCGUAGGAAGUGAACCCAUGACGGACGACAAUAUAUCCUGGAUGAACGGCAUUUUGACCCUGGUGGGCACCUUCAUGACCAUGCUGCUUUUAGUGAUACCCGACAAAUUCAGUCGUAAGAGAUUCGGUUACGUGUUAACGUUGCCGAUGAUACUCUCCUGGCUGUUGAUCAUUUUCGCCACCGAACACAUGCAUAUUUACGUAGCGAAAGCCCUGAACGGUAUUACUGGUGCCAGUAUAUUCUUCUUAGUGUCAAACUAUGUGUCGGAGAUUUCGAGCGACAGCAUCCGCGGUAUAUUAGCAAGUAUUAUAGGAUUCUCCCUCAAUACUGGGAUAUUGCUGGCUUACAUCUUAGGCGGCAUGAUGUCUCUAUACAACCUCGCUGUGGUUGGCGCGAUAAUGAGCGCGUUGUUCCUGAUUACUUUUGUGUUCAUACCGGAAUCGCCGGUCUACUUAGUGCGUCGAAAUCGUAUGCAUGAAGCAAUUAAAUCGUUGAAUCGAUUGAAAGCUGGAAACACUUUGGCGGUAGAACAGGCAUUGUCGCAUCUACAAUUGCAAAUUAAGGAAGUCACGUCCAUGAGAUCCGCCAAGCUGUCAGAUUUAUUUAGAGACAAAGCGACGAUUAAAGGACUGAUCAUCAUCUUGGGUUUGUUCGCCGGUCAACAAUUUUCCGGAAUCUUUGCAGUGAUCAGUUACACGGAAAGUAUUUUCCAAAUAGCCGGCAGUUCGUUAUCGCCGAACACGUCGUCCAUCAUUGUGGGAGUUAUCAUGGUUCUUGGUUCAUGUCUGUCGACAUCUUUAAUAGAGCAUAUGGGUAGACGGCUUUUGCUCCUGAUAUCCUGUGUGGGAAUGUGCAUGUGUCAUUGUGUGCUCGGCGCAUUCUGCUAUCUCCAGAACUUAGAAUAUGAUAUAUCCGCUUACGGUUGGAUACCGAUCGCAGCACUGUCCAUCUUCGUGAUAGUGUAUGCUGCAGGAAUGGGCAACGGACCCGUCGUGAUAAUGUCCGAGAUAUUCAGCCGCGACGUGACCAGUAUGGCCUCGAUUGUGGGUCUCACCAUGUGUUGGGCCGCAUCUUUCAUCAUAAUAAAGACCUUCGCCGAUCUCAUCACUCUACUAGGUAUGCACGGCUGCUUCUUCUUCCUCGCCAUCUGCUGCGCCUGCACUUUCUUGUUCUGCUUUAUAUUGGUGCCGGAGACUAAAGGACGGACGCGCGAGGAUAUUGUGGAUGAGCUCAAUGGAGAUUUGCAGUAUGAAAAGAAUAAGAACAUUAAGGAUAACAUCGGAACGGAUUUGGUGCAUGCGGUACACGUGUAAAAAUGUUUUCCGCAUAUAUAAAGUGUCCAUCUAAAAGUAUUCUAACAGAGAGAUUUAUGAAAAACUAAUAUCUUCAUUACUCAAUUUGUUUGCUCUCAGUGUUUUUAAAUGCGAACUUCUGUAUAUAUACAUGCUGUACAUAGCUUUAUGGAAAAGUAUAUGCCGUCAGUUUCUUAAAGAUUAUUUCCUAUAUUGAAAAUAUGUGUAAUGUUCACAAUAAUUUUUAUUUAUCUUCAAAUUGCGCACAUAUUUUAACAUUUAUACAUUCGCUAUUUAAAAUUCAGUUAUCUGUUUAAGUAUUUAUUUCAUGUAAGUUAUAUGUGCAAUGUUUCUAUCUUCUUGAUAUAUCCCAAAAACAAAGUAACUAAAUUUGCAAAUUGCUUCAUAUAAUUGUGACGACUUUAAAGAGGAAAUGAGUCUCGCGUAUAUAUUUUAGCUGUUCUAUUUACUGUCUCGUGAAAUUUCGUUUUAUCAAUAUUAAAUAUGUCAGAAUGAUACGCAACAUAUAAUGUAAUGUUAUAUAUUAUCUCGUAGAUUUGCUUUAUAACAAUGCAACCAUGUGCAUAUGAGUACAUAGAUAUGAUGCAAUGUUGACUAAUACUGAUGCUGAUAAUAUUCAGAUAAUAAUGCAAACAAGAUUAUGAAUAGCAAUAUAUUAUCAUGAAAGAUAAGAACAAAAAGUUGUAUAUAAAAAAAAUAUAUAUAUAUUCAAUUA